AUGUCCCUGAAUGCGCAUGACCUCGCACAGCUCCGAGCUGCCCUGCAAGAUGCAGUGGUCAAGUGCUCGGAGCGCUGCCUCUACCAGUCGGCAAAGUGGGCCGCCGAGCUUCUCGAUGCCAUACCAGACCCCUCGCACGAGGCACAGCCAGACGAGUCCACUCUCCCUUCUGUCCCCGUUGUGUUGACCGCCAAUCCGGACCCCGACGAGGCCCUUCUUGAAGCGAAGGAAGUCAACAAAUACCUGCUCGCCAAGUCCUUCUUCGACUGCCGCGAGUUUGACCGAUGCGCCGCCGUCUUUCUCCCAGACUCCAUGCUGCCGGGCAUAAUAGACCCGAAGCGUGAGAGUGUCGGCGGCACACCUAGCGGCAAGGGCAAAUCGAGAGCCUUGCAUGAUGAUGCGCCGGCAACUGUCGAGGGUGGUGCGUUGCCCAAUCUGAGCCAGAAGAGCUUGUUCCUGGCUCUGUACGCCAAGGUCAUGUCGGGCGAGAAGCGCAAAAACGAGGACUCGGAAAUGGUUAUGGGCCCCCAGGACCUCGGCACCGUCGUCAACAAGCAACUCCUGCCGGUGGGCCGCUUCCUCAGCCGCUGGUUCGAGCAGCGGACCGCCGAGGAUGGCGAUAUUCUCGGCUCCCAGGGCUGGCUCGAGUACCUAUAUGGCAUGGUACUCGCCAAGGAGAAGAACGAAGACAAGGCCAUGGAAUACUUCAUUCGCAGUGUUCACCUGUUCCCCAUGAACUGGGGCUGCUGGCUUGAGAUGACUUCUCUCAUCACGAGGCUCGAGGAUCAAGGGCCCAGCCUGGCCAACUCUCUGGACCAGCUUCUCGGCAUCUUCCCGACCUCGGCAUUCCUGCUCACCUGCAACGCCCUCCUCGCCUACCACGCCAAAGAUCUCGCAGCUGCCGAGCAGCACUUUAGCCGCCUGCUGUCGCUCCACCCCUAUCGCUUAGACUCGCUCGACCACUACUCGAAUAUUCUCUACGUCAUGGAGCUGAGGCCGAAACUUGCCUUCAUCGCUCAUCUGUGCUCGAACAUUGACCGCUUCCGUCCAGAGUCCUGCGUCGUCGUCGGAAACUAUUACUCUCUCCUGUCCAUGCACGAAAAGGCUGUGCAGUAUUUCCGCCGCGCCCUGACGUUGGAUCGCACGUGUCUGUCGGCGUGGACGCUGAUGGGCCACGAGUACGUCGAGCUGAAAAACACGCACGCGGCCAUCGAGUCGUACCGCCGCGCCGUGGACGUCAACCGCCGCGAUUACCGGGCGUGGUAUGGCCUCGGCCAGACGUACGAGGUGCUGGAAAUGCACACGUACAGUCUGUGGUAUUACAAAAAGGCCGCCGGCCUGCGCCCGUGGGACGCCAAGAUGUGGGUGGCCGUCGGGUCCUGCCUGCAGAGGAUGGGCCGGGAACGGGAGGGCAUCAAGGCUCUCAAGCGGGCGCUGCUCGCCGACGCGUACUACGACGUGGGGAGCAGUUUCGGAAGCGGGGACAUCCUCAGCGGACGGGGCGCAACGGGCCACAUGGACCCGGACGUGCUCUUCCAGAUUGCAUUCAUGUACAACGAGAUGGGCGACAUGGACGAGGCAAAGUCGUACAUGGAGCUCUGCGUCGCGCAAGAGGACGGGGGCGCCGGGGACACGGCGCUGGCGGAAUCCAUAGCGAUACACAACGACUCCCCUGGCGCAUCCGACGACGAGGACGGCCAGGACCGCGAGAGCGCGGCGCGGGAAGGAACGGGCGUCACGGCGGCAACGAGCCGUGCGCGCAUGUGGCUCGCGCGGUACGCCAUGGACACGAAUGACUACGAGGCCGCCGACAAGCUGGCGACGGAGCUCACGCAGGACGGCUAUGAAGUUGAAGAGGCCAAGGCCCUGGUCAGGGAGGCGCGGUCCCGACUGGUGGGAUAUGAAGAACAGGUCCUCAGCCCGUGA